CCGUAGCAAUAAACCGACUGCGGGACACCAUUUUUGCGCUCAUAGUUAUGAGUUAUGGCGGAGGUUCCCCGAGCUACAAUAAGUGCUGUCCAAAAACGCCAAGAACAGUUAAGAAGGUGGCAUGAUUCAGAGACAAAUAGAGAACCAGAAGAUCUAAAAAGAAAACAGAGUCGCAUAAAGUUUCACGAUGGCUGUGUAUUUCUUGCUGCCUGUUCAGCUGGUGACACCCAGGAAGUGGAUAAAUUGCUCGCAAGGGGAGCUGACAUCAAUACAACAAACGUUGAUGGACUUACGGCCCUGCAUCAGGCCUGUAUCGAUGAGAACAUGACGAUUGUGGAAUACCUUGUAGAGAAUAGCGCGAGCGUGAACAGCAUAGACAACGAGGGAUGGACGCCCCUGCAUGCGGCCGCCUCCUGUGGUUACACGAAGAUAGCAGAGUAUAGACAUGGAGACGGCGCGUAACGAGGAGGAGAAUCGCAUGCUGGCAGAUGCCAACCAGUGGCUGAAGGGCGGAAUCAUCCGCGAGAAGAAACAUCCGAAGACUGGUGCGACGGCCCUACACGUAGCCUCUUCCAAGGGCUACAUCAAGGUCGUCAACGUGCUGCUGGAGGCGGGAGCGAACGCGGAGGAGGCGGAUAACGACGGCUGGACGGCGCUGCAUGGGGCCGCACACUGGGGUCAGCGUGAGGCAUGCGAAGUGCUGGCGCUACACGGCUGCAACAUAGACACCAAGAACCUAGUCGGUCAAUCAGCAUCUGACGUGGCAGACGACGAGAUGGUCAAGUGGCUAGACGAACUGAGAAAGAAGCAGCUGGAGAAGAAGAAACCAACUCCAAGCAUCCUCCCGAGGAAGAUUCCGCCACCACUCAAAAGAAGGAGUUCUGUGCCGAGGAUGAGUGUACAGGACAAGAGCAGCAACGUGCAGAAGGACAUGAAGGGAGAGGGCGCCGCGCAGGUACAGCUGCAGCUCGCGCCGCACCUCAAGAAGAUGGACUCCGAGGAAGAUGAAGAUGAGGAGUCAGAGGCUGAGAAAUCUAGUCAAGACAAGAAGCCAAGCAAGGUUAUGGGCUCGUCGCAGAUGCCCUUAGCAACCGUCACCAUAGAAACGGGAAAGCCGGCGGUCGCGUCGUCGUCGUCGUCGUCGUCGAGUGGCGACGACGAGGAGUCAGAGUCAUCUAGUGGCGACUCGGCGAGCGAGGAGUCGGAGAGCGGGAGCGAGGCGGGCAAGGUUGCCAUUGUCGUCAGCGAUGGCUACGCGAACCACGAGCCGCCGCAGCGAAAGGAAGUGAAGCCAGAGGAACCAGCGCUGCGUCGGAAAGCAAAAUUUCAGGAACUUCCAGAAGAGACUCAGGAAGAGAAACAUCGCCGACUAUCGCGACCCGUGUCUGCCCCCGCGCCAGAUACGACCCCCGUCACUCAGGUUCCCACAACCGAGAACAGAUAUAGCUAUCCAGUCUCACAACGUUUGGCAAAUAGAAAACUAUCACAGCCCUACUCUGUACUAACACGGAAAGUUAUGGCCAGAGGCAGCAUUACCGUGCCGGCAAGCAUUGCCACGACGACGAGCGUUGCCACGACGACGAGCAUUUCCACGACGACGAGCGUUAUGACGCCGAACGUGACGACGGCGGCGGCGCCGUCAAUGGCCGUUGCCGUGGCGACCAGCCCGCCGCCGUCCGCCACCCUGCUGCAUCUCAGGCAACGACUGAAUGAGAUCACCGAGUCGACAGCGGUUACCAUGACGACGGCAACGGAGAGGCGACACACCCGGAGGUCAGUGGUGCCGCCUACUCCGGACGAGGAAUCUGAGACGAAGCGCAAGGCGAGGUCGCGUCUCGCGAGACAGACGAGACGCUCGACGCAGGGCGUGACAGGAGAAGAGAUUGCUGAGGCGCAGCAACAAAUGGAGCAGUGGAAGAAGGACAGGGAGAGGAAGCAGCAGGAGGAGCAAAAGCAGACAGAGAACAAGACUCCGGAGAAAUCUCGAAUACCGAGUCUGCUCGACAAAUCUGCUCAGGACAAACCCAAGCUGGCAGUUCCGGAAGGCAAUGGUCCUCCUCUUUCACCAGGAGGCAGAAGGAGACUAAUGGGGCAGGUCGGCACGUCUACACCCGCGGCCACGCAGUCAGUGAGUCAGCCCGUAAGAAAGCCGGUAGGAAAGACGGAUGACAAGGAGAAUGAGCAGAAGCCAGAUAAAAAGCAGCAGGAAAUGGAAGAGAUGGAGAGGAGGCGAGAAGCCAACCUGAGGCGGAAACAGAAGGUGCGACAGCGACGCGGUACUGGCACCAUAAUAGCAGACGAAGAUGAAGAAGAGGAGGAAGAACCCACGAAAGUGCUCAACUCUAAGCCGGAAGAUUCGAAAAAUCUCAGUGACAGAUCUCGAGCGCAGCCUGCGUCCAUCAGUGAACGCUUCAUGAUCACGAGGAAACCUUGCUCUCAGGAAGACUUCAAAAAGCUCUAUGAGGAUACUCAGUCAGAGAACAGACAGCUGAAGGACAAACUGAAGACCAGGGAGAGAGACCUAGAGGAAAUCAAAAAGAAGUUGGAUCAGGCGUUAGCGCUGAAGAAUGGCAGUAUAGGGCAGCUUGCAGCCGAAGCUAAUAGAAAGGAGAGGCGAGCGCUAGAGAUGAAGAUAUCCGAGCUGGAGGAGCAAGUGAAGGAGAUGGAUGCAUUUCGCAGCGACAACCAGCGUUUGAAAGAGGAGAACGCCGCCUUGAUACGAGUCAUCAGCAAGCUGUCUAAAUGAGGAGCGCGAGUGAUGUCACUGCCGGACACCGACGGAUACCGACGGACCCCGGAGAAACCUUUUCCAUACGCUUUUCGUACGUGUCGAGGCGAGAACGAGGUCCGUGUUAUUCGAAGGCAGGCGGCGUUCGUUCGUUGCUUAAUUGGAGCUAAGCAGGUGUACGUAGGUGUACAUGUGCAUAUACAUGUGCAUGUGCCUGUACGUAUAUGCGUGCGUAUGCAUGUGCAUGUGCGUAUGUACGCGUGCGUAUACAUGUAGUUGUACAUGACGUAGAUGUUACGUCAGGUGUUCAUAACUGCAAUGUUUCCUGAAAGAUUUGUGGUGUGCCCAAUUAUGUGUCUGCCGUUCGCACUGGUUUUCGGCUCGUGAUUUUACACGUUAGAUUCGUUUAAAAAAACGGAAAAACGUUUUCGAUUUCUUCUGGGUGCGGAGGAGGCAUGUGCACCUGCUACGGUUUUUAUGCACGCGAGCUUGAGACUUGGCUUCACGUUAUUAUAGUAAUGAUUGUUCUCGAUCGAGUUGCCGUACCUGUGUUUUAAUAAUAAUCUGUAUCAUACACGUAAUUUUGUAUCAUAUCAUUUAUUAUGUACAGCACACAAAAUACACAUAUCUCCGUGAUUGCAAACAAUUGAGGCUUACAUGAUUAUCAAUUAUUAUUUGCAUUUAUGAAUGAAUUGUGCAUAGUUGCCCCUCCUGAGAUUAGCUGGAGGAGAUAAAAGCUGCGUAGUCGGCUGCUGCUGCGUCUGCGCGCGAGGUCACGGCGUGUGGAGAUAUUGAGUUGCAAAGACCUGCUAUGCAGGUUAGCGGCAUCUCUGGAUCGGAUCUCUGGAUCGGAUUUCUGGAUCGGAUCUCUGGAUCGGAUUUCUGGAUCGGAUCUCUGGAUCGGAUUUCUGGAUCGGAUCACUGGAUCGGAUUUCUGGAUCGGAUCUCUGGAUCGGAUUUCUGGAUCGGAUCUCUGGAUCUGCUGCAGCUCCACCGCAGUAUUCAUCGAGUUCUAGUUGCUUGUGCUUGAUGUGACCUUCAGCGUAUGACCUCUGUGUGUGACGUCAUCACGUUGCACCCGUCGUAGUUGCCGCUGCACCAUAGCUGGAAAGAAAACCCAGCACUGCUAUCUCGUGGCGCGUCUAGAUUUCUCUCGCGCAACUUUCGCAGAACCUUUUCGUGAAAUUCGUUCGGCGACGUUCUCGUCUUGGCGUUCUGUUUUGUCGAUGGUGUAUGUGCAGUGGUCCAUAGCCAGAAUUGUUUCCAGGUUUUGUUACCUGUGCGUCAUCAGCAUCGAUGAAUUGCACGCAUUUCCUGAUUUCGCUGCUGUCAUGAGACGUAGGAAUGUAGGCCAAUAUCUGGAUCAACAUACACUCGGUUUGGUUAGCGCGCACACCGUUUAUGUUGAUAUACCGUGAUGGAUUAUAUUGCUAUGUAAUUCUGUAGGUUGUAUCUCGUUGUAUCAUACUUAUACCCGCAUUAUAUGCUCAUAUUUUGCAACCCGCAACCCAAUGAAAAUGACUGCCGAGUCGGUCUGUCUGCAAAUUACAAAAGAUCAGGUAAUGUGAUUAAGACAUCGACGGCCGGCACCUACCCUGUUAAUCGGUGUUGAUCUAGGUGAUUGGUAGUGGCGAUGUUAUUUGAUCGUUGUUGGUUUGUUAUUUGAUUAAUCGACACACGGCGUGCAUGCGAUUUUUGACUAGGAUUGUUGUUCUAGUGCUCUUCUGCGUGAAAAGAUACAUUCUACCAAUUUGAUAUUUACUAUCCGCUUCGCUGUUUGCAUGUAAAGCCUGUAACCACAAAGGCACUGGUGAGCAGCAAUGUGGAGGCCGCAUGCUGCUGUUUUCACGCCUACCGUAAAUUAGGCCUAGCUUGUGGUUGCAUUACCGACUGCAGUGCCUCUAUAUUUAUACGCAGUCAUAUUUAUUCGUACCGUAGUCUUUUAUAGCGUGGUCACCGCAUAGUCGCGUGUAGCAUGCCCUCGGCUUGCUGCGGUUGAUGAAGUGAGGGCUUUUGUACAGAAAUUAUAUGCAGGUACAGAACAACGUUAUUGUUAUGGAAAAAAUAUCGGUAACUGUGAGCUUCGA